AUGCCACAGGAGACAUUCACCAGAUUUUAUCUUGAUCAGAUGUACCAUUCAAAACUAGCAGGUAUUUCUGGGGAAAAAAAAGUCAAAGCCAUGCUGAUUAUGGGACUUCCGCCACCUAAGGCACAGAAAGCAUGGGCAUGGGUUCCCCCACAGGGUAAAUAUGCGGGUAGACAGGGUGGGUCGUUCAAAUCAACACUGAUACUUAUACUUUCUGUGGAAAUAUCAAGGACUUGGUGA